CUAGCCGCGCGCUGCUAGUCACUCCACGCAAGCCCAGUUCGCCGCCGCGAUGGCGAACCUGGGGUCUGCUGGCGGCCUUCACAUGUACGCGCUGACGCUGCAGCGCGCCUCUGGCGUGACCGGGGCGGUGUUCGGCAACUUCUCGGCGCCGCGGCAGCAGGAGAUUGCCGUUGCACGCGGCAAAAUCUUGGAGCUGUGCAGGCCAGACGACAACGGAAAGGUGCUGACGGUCGUCGCGUCGGAGGUGUUCGGAACGAUCCGCUCCAUCGCAACCUUCCGCCUCACCGGCGGCAACCGCGACUACCUCGUCGUCGGCUCCGACUCGGGAAGGAUUGUUAUUCUCGAGUUUGUCGCUGACAAGGGCGGGUGGGAGCGCGUGCACUGCGAGACGUUUGGCAAGUCGGGCGUGAGGCGCAUUGUGCCGGGCCAGUACGUGGCGACGGACCCGCGCGGGCGGGCGGUGAUGGUGGGCGCGGUGGAGAAGCAGAAGCUGGUGUACAUCCUCAAUCGCGACUCCGCCGCGCGCCUCACCAUCUCCUCUCCCCUCGAGGCGCACAAGUCGGCCAGCCUCACCUUUGCGCUCGUCGGCGUCGACGUCGGCUUCGAGAACCCGAUCUUUGCGGCCCUCGAAGUCGACAUGGACGAGGUGGAGACGGACCCGGACACGCACGAGCCCCUCUUCGAGAAGGUUCUCACCUUCUACGAGCUCGACCUCGGCCUCAACCACGUCGUCCGCAAGUGGUCCGACGCCGUCGACCCGACCGCAAACCUGCUGGUCGCCGUGCCGGGCGGAGCGGACGGGCCGGGCGGGGUGCUCGUGUGCGCCGAGAACUUCAUCGUGUACAAGAACCACGGGCACGCGGACAAGCGGUGCCCUCUGCCGCGGCGGAAGGACCUGCCGCCCGAGCAGGGGCUGCUGCUGGUCGCCUCCGCCGUCCACCGCCAGCGUGACCUCUUCUUCAUCGUCGUGCAGAGCGAGGCGGGCGACCUGUACAAGGUGACGGUGCAGACGGACGGCGAGGACAAGGACGCGGUCAGCGAGGUCAAGGUGCGCUACCUCGACUCGGUGCCCACCUGCGUCGCCCUCUGCAUCCUCCGCUCGGGCUUCCUCUUUUGCGCCUCCGAGUUUGGCAACUCUGGCUUCUACCAGUUCCAGGGCGUCGGCGAGGACGACGAGUCGCCCUCGUGCUCCUCGCUCACCUUCGAGGGGGGCGACGAGGCGGCCGCCGCGGCGGCUCGCGCGCGGCGCGGUGCCGUCGUCGAGCUCGAGCCGCGCCCGCUGCGCAACCUGCUGCACGUCGACGACAUCGACUCGCUCUGCCCGAUGAUCGACGCAAAGCUGCUCGAGCUGGGGGAGCGAGGCGCGCCACCCUCGCUCGUCUCGCUCUGCGGCCGCUCGGCGCGGUCGACGCUGCGCGUGGUGCAGCACGGUCUCUCGGUCUCCGACCUGGCUGUCUCUGAGCUUCCCGGCAACCCGAACGCGGUCUGGACGGUCAAGAAGCGCAAGAGCGACCAGUUCGACGCGUACAUCGUCGUCUCGUUCGUCAACGCGACGCUGGUCCUCUCGAUCGGAGAGACGGUCGAGGAGGUGAGCGACUCGGGCCUCAAGCCCGACACGCCGACCCUCGUCGUCGCGCUCCUCGGCGAGGACUCGCUCGUGCAGGUCUACCCGGCGGGCAUCUACCACGUGCGCGCCGACGGCCGUGCGUCCGAGUGGCGGCCUCCGCGCGGCAAGCCGAUCGUGCAGGCGUCGGCCAACAACCGGCAGGUCGCGGUCGGGCUGCAGGGCGGCGAGGUCGUCUACUUCGAGCUCGACGAGACGGGCACCCUCGCCGAGCUCGACAAGAAGGACCCUCGCCCCUCGCGGCGGCGCGACCUCGGCCUCGAGGUGUCGUGCCUCGAGCUCGGCCGCGUGCCCGACGGCCGCGCGCGCUCGCGAUUCCUCGCCGUCGGCGGGCUCGACUCGACGAUCCGCAUCCUCUCGCUCGACCCGGACGAGUGCAUGAACGUGCUCGCCGUCCUCGCGCUGCCCGCGCAGGCCGAGUCGGCGGCGCUCGCCUCGCUGCAGCUCGGCCGGCCCGGCACGCCGCCCGCCCUCUUCCUCUGCAUCGGCCUGAGCAACGGCGUGAUGCUGCGCGCGCGCAUCGACCAGCGGUCAGGCCAGCUCUCGGACACGCGCACCCGUUUCCUCGGCGGCAAGCCAGCGCGCCUCUUCCGCACCUCGCUCGGCGGCGGCGACGGCGUGCUCGCCCUCUCGUCGCGUUCGUGGGUGCUCUACUCGCUCGCGGGCGCGCUGCACACGACGCCGCUCUCGUAUGUGCCGCUCGACGCGGGCGCGUCCUUCGCGUCGGAGCACUGCCCCGAGGGCCUCGUCGCCAUCGCGGGCAACACGCUGCGCAUCGUCUCCGUCGACCGGCUCGGCGACGCCUUCACCUCGGAGGCGGUGCCGCUGCGGUACACGCCGCGCCGGAUGGCACACCACUCCGUCUCCGGCCACGUGGUGGUCAUCGAGAGCGACCACAACGCGCUCUCCGCCGACGAGAAGGAGGAGGAGGCGGACGGCAUGCUGAUGGAGGCGUGCGUCGGCGUGCCCCGGGGCGGGGCGGGCAAGUGGGCCUCGGCCAUCCGCGUGCUCGAUUUGGCGGCGCGGCGCACCCUCUCCGUCAUCGAGCUCGCUGAGAACGAGGCGGCCGUCUCGGUGGCGGCGGUGCCGCUGCGCGAGCGCGGCGGCGAGACCUUCAUCGUCGUCGGCACCGUCAAAGACAUGACGCUGCACCCGCGCACGCUGACCUGCGGCUACCUGCACGUGUACCAGUUCGCAGAGGGCAACACGCAGCUCAACCUCGUCCACAAGACGCAGGUGGAGGACGUGCCCGCCGCCAUCGCGCCGUUCGGCGGCCGCGUGCUCGUCGGCGUCGGCAGCGGGCUGCGCAUCUACGAGAUGGGCGCGAAGAAGCUGCUGCGCAAGGCGGAGCUCAAGGGGCUGCCGACGAUGGUGCAGUCGCUGCACGUCAUCUCGUCGCAGCGAAUCGUCGUCGGCGACCUCUCCGAGUCCUUCCACUUUGUGCACUACAAGCGCGCCGACAACACGCUCACCGUCUUCGCCGAUGACAUCGCGCCGCGCUGGCUCACCGCCGCCUGCCCGCUCGACGCGCACUCGCUCGCGGGCGCCGACAAGUUCGGCAACAUCUUCGUCUGCCGCCUGCCGCGCGAGGUGAGCGACGACGCGGACGACGCGGCGCUGAUGGCGGCGAGCGCCGGCCGCGACGACCUCGCGCUCAAUGGCGCGCCGUCCAAGGCGGAGGAGGUUGUGCAGUUCCACGUGGGCGAGACGGUCACGUCGCUGCAGAAGGUGUCGCUCGGGCCGGGCUGCGCCGAGGUGAUCCUCUACACGACCCUCUUCGGCGGCAUCGGCGCGCUGCUCCCGCUCACCUCGCGCGAGGACGUCGAGCUGCUCACCGCCCUCGAGAUGCACGUGCGGCAGGAGGCGCCGCCGCUCUGCGGCCGCGAGCAGCUCUUCUUCCGCUCCGCCUACUUCCCCGUCAAGGCGUGCGUCGACGGCGACUACCUGACGCUCUUCAACUCGCUGCCCGCCGCCGAGCAGAAGACGAUAGCCGACGACCUCGACCGAACGCCCGCCGAGAUCUCCAAAAAGCUCGAGGAGCUCGCCGCGCGCAUCCUGUAGUGCCGCCGGCAAAGUCGGCGCCGGUGGGAGGGGGCGCUACCAUCUGUCGGGGCCCGCCGAGUCCGCGCGUACACGCUCGGUAUCGCAGCGCGGCGGGGGUGUCGCGAGGCCCGUGCGCGUGCGGGUAGUCGCUCAGGGGAGCUAGGAACACAUAUAUCACAUCAUCGCCGCGGUCUCUGUGGGCGCACUCUGUGACGCAUGUGCAUCACCAUCACUACACGCCACGAAAUAAAU